AUGGAUAGCAGUCCAGUUAUUGUGAAUUCUCGCCCACUACCAGAUGAUAUGCUGUGGAAUAAAAUAAAAGGUCUUGGAUAUGAAGUCAAAGAUCCUGACGUAUUAGUGCUAAUAGCCAGUGACAGGGAUUAUGAACCCAUAUUAGAAGAAAUAUUGAAAGCGAGGUGA